AUGUCUACUGGCGGUAAUAGUCUGCACUCCAAGCUCGUGUCGCUAAUAAGCCGUGGUCAAGAACUUACCAGUAUUUUCUUCUAUGCUCCUGUGAAUGAAAAAUGCCACCUCGAAGAUACAAUUGCAUCGGCCACUUGGGGAUUGCCCCUGGUGGUUUGGCGAACGGAUAGAACUGUGAUCCUGAAUGGAUUCAUCGGCGAGGGACUCUUGGUGCUGGCUUGUCUUCCAGGAUUUCAUUGGAGAUCUCUGCUAGGCAGCCUAUCGAGAAGUCUGAAAUACCUUAGACAGGCGAGGAUACUCAUUGAACUCAUGGAGGAUAGAGAUGAAUUCCUAGUUGGUGAAGUGCUGCAUUUUUGUCUCACUCAGGAUAUGAUUAAUGUCAAUGCAAUAUUUGCCGACUUUUCGGAAACUGAAAAUCUUUCCAGCUUUGAGGCGUAUCCAAGUUUCGAAGUGGUGAACCAAACUUUUACACCUGACACACAAGCAUCCGACUUGUACCCGAAUAAGAUGUUAAACCUUCGUGAAGGCGUUAUUCGUACAAUGCCAGAUUAUUCGGAGCCAAAUACCAUACUUUACCAAGACAAAGAGGGCAACAAAGAGAUCCUUGGCUAUUUGUGGGACUUAUUGGAGGCCUAUGCUCAGAAACACAAUGCCCAACUGCAGGUGGUCAAUAAGUAUGCGGAUGAUAGGCCUCUCAACUUCAUCGAACUCCUUGACGCAGCCCAAAGUGGUAUUAUAGACCUGGGUGCCAGCAUACAGCCAAUGUCGGUGGGUUCCCUAAAUCGCAUGCACGAGAUUUCCUAUCCGGUUAACCAGGCCAGUUGGUGCACUAUGUUGCCAGUGGAAAGGCAGCUCCAUGUGUCCGAGUUGCUUUCGCGGGUGAUGCCGUAUUCCACAUUUGCCGUGCUACUACUCUUCUGGAUUUUCUACGAGGCGCUUCGUGGACGCUGGCGCCGACACUCAAGGCUCAAAAGCAUUGGCUGGCUGGUGCUGGCCACAUUGGUCAGCUCGAACUACGUAGGAAGACUACUCUAUCUGUUCACAGACCCACCGUCUCUGCCUCCAAUCAACAGCCUGUCGGUCCUGAUGGAAUCGCCUGUGCGCAUCAUCUCCAUAAGAUCGGAAUACUCGUCCAUUGAAUUUACGCAGCGCACCAAAUACUCCGCUGCAUUCCAUCUGGCAUUGCAGACAUCGAUACUGCUAGGACUGCGAAAUGCCUUCAAUACCUCCUACGGCUAUACCAUCACUAGCGAAAAGUGGAAGAUAUAUGAGGAGCAGCAAAAGCGGAGCGCAAAGCCAGUGUUUCGCUAUUCGAAGGACCUGUGCUUCUAUGAUAUGAUACCAUUUGGAUUGGUCAUUCCGGAGAACUCGCCUCAUAAAGCUCCAUUUCAUAGUUACAUCCUGCGCAUCAGAGAGGCUGGUCUGCAUGAUUUGUGGGUGAAUCGGGGCUUCUCCUAUAUGGUUAAGGCGGGUAAGAUCAACUUUACAGCCAUCGGGAAGCGUUAUCAGGCCGAAACGCUCAAUAUUACGGACCUCAGAAAUGUGUUUAUCACUUACGUUUCUGUAUUGCUAAUUAGCAUGGUUCUGUUUACCUGUGAGCUUUUUGUUAGCUGGGUAAACUACUGGCUGGGCUUUUAAUUGUUCGCGCGGCAAUUACGGCGAUGGCGUCCGAUAAACCAGGCUGUUCCACCUCCACCCAGCUACUCAGUAAAUAAUAGAGACAAGACAGGAUAAAAGCAAAUGCUAACUUUGGUGUGUUUACUUCGUGACGGUGACAAGGGUUCCUGGAGUGCCCGAUUCGGGCAACGAGACAGUAGUUAACAAUGCUGUUGAAUGGAUUCCUACCGUCUUACACCUUCGAGCUGCGAGGGCAAAUGAAAUAAAUGCAAAUUGCCUCCUACGAAGUCACCGCAGCGACACGACGGGCACCACGAAAUGAGACCCCAAUCGAGGGGAAGAUGAACCGCCGAACCGCCGAACCACCGAACCACCGAACCAUUAAGCCACCAUCAGACAACCGCAGCAGAUCCACCAAAUUAUGUAAAAGCCUUGGCAGCAAACACCAGCAAAUUGUGGCCUAGUGCCGAAGUUGUCGGUUUCUUGGAUUUUGGUAGGACAACGCAAGAUCUGAGUUGCCGAGUCUGAGUCGCUGGCCCGUUUUGAUUAACAUAAAGCGAAUAAUAGACAUCGACUGCCAGCAAC